AUGCAUUACAGGUCAAAAUUUGCAGUAGCUUCUAUCGAUGUUCUGGGUAUGGUUUCGAGCCUUGCCCACGGCAAAUUCCCAGACAUGACCAUCAUGAAGGGACCAGACUGCAUGGGGAAAUCCGAUCGAGAACAAGUUCUACAACCACAACGUGGCGCGCCUCGUGGAUACGUUGGUGGAUCAGACAAGGUAAGGAUACAGAAACAGGAACAACGACCCAUCGUUCACGCACAGCAUGCCGAAUCGCAACCUAGGUUCCCCGACAGGCGGCGCGGUUUGCUACGAAGACCUGGAAGAGUACGACUGCUGGAACUGUCUCUUGACGGCUAA